UGUAGCGCUUUGCUAUACAACGUAUGACGUCAAUUAUAAUCACAUCACUAGUUAUCAACGAACGAAAGGUCGGACGGGUCAGGAGGAAUCACAUUUACGCGGCAUAUUCCAUUUAUUAUAUUAGUUCCAAAAAUAUAAAGAAAAAACACAUAUAAAAUGUUUUCCCGUGCUCUCAAACCCGUUGCCAGUGUUGCAGUCCAGAAUGGCGUCAAAUUCUCCACCACAUCACAGAAAAACUUUAAAGUGGUGGUGGCUGGUGCUGCCGGUGGUAUCGGUCAGCCACUGGCUUUGCUGCUGAAGCAGAAUCCUCUGGUGACAAGGCUGGCCUUAUACGACAUCGCGCCUGUGACCCCUGGAGUCGCCGUUGACCUUUCCCAUAUGGACACACCAGCCCAGGUCACCGGGCACAAGGGUCCAGAAGAACUAGCCGCAGCUGUUGAAUGUGCUGACCUGGUAGUAAUCCCCGCGGGUGUGCCCCGUAAGCCGGGUAUGACCCGAGAUGACUUGUUCAACACCAAUGCAUCCAUUGUCCGUGACAUAGCAGACUGCGUUGCCAAGAACGCACCCAAAGCUAUUAUGGCAAUCAUCACCAAUCCUGUCAAUUCGAUGGUGCCCAUCGCUUCGGAGGUACUCAAGAAGGCGGGAGUUUAUGAUCCUGCUAAAGUGCUGGGUGUGACCACCCUGGAUGUUGUCCGUGCUGCUGCCUUCAUUGGAGAGAUCAAUGGCGUGGACCCAACUACUGUCAAGAUCCCCGUCAUCGGAGGCCACUCGGGUGUCACCAUCAUCCCCGUGCUCAGCCAGAGCAGCCCCGCUGUUAAGUUGUCCGACCAGGGCAAGAUCGAGGCACUAACAAAGAGGAUCCAGGAGGCUGGAACUGAGGUGGUGAAGGCGAAGGCCGGCGGGGGCUCCGCCACUCUGUCGAUGGCGUACGCCGGCGCUCGCCUCGCCUGCGCCGUGCUGCGGGGACUCAAGGGUGAAUCAAACGUAGUUGAGUGCGCGUACGUGAAGUCAGAUCUGACUGAAGCGAGUUACUUUGCCAAUCCAGUACAGCUCGGUCGCAACGGAGUGGAGAAGAACCUGGGAUUUGGACAGCUAAAUGCUUACGAGAAGGAACUCCUCAAGGCUGCCAUACCUGAACUCCUUAAGAACAUCAAGACCGGUGAGAACUUCGUCAACAAGUAGAACAAUAGACAAAUAGAACCAGAGACAA